AAACACAUUCUACCCUUAAUCACAAUCCUUGUUUCAUUCCCCUCUUUCUUAUACAUUUCUGUGUGUUUUUCUUCAAUCAAAGAUGAGACCAGAAACUCACAAGAUUAUUAUUGAGAAGCUGCUCCCAGCUAUGAAGUUGGUUAAGGGCAUCCUCGAGGGAGAAGUAGAAAAAAAUGGCACAGAUGAGUUUGUGUUCUGUUUCGAAAACUGCUACACUGAGGAGGAAACUGAGAAGCACUUGACCCAGAAGAUUCCUUCUUUAAAAGAAUCGGAUGUGAAAAAUUUCUAUCAGUUGUUUCUAACCAUGAUCGAUAAAGAUUCAAAAGAGGCGUAUCUCAAGGAUGCUGAAGAUUGUGCUAGUGAAAGAAUGAGUCAGGGGGAUGAUAAUUCUGAGGAACCUAAGAGGCGUCAAGGUGAGGCCAGUACAUCUCACAAAUGUGAACCUAACUGCAACAAACAUUAUAAAUAAUACUAUGAUCAAAGGAUACGUUUUCUAAAUUUCUAUACAACAAAUAAGAGUGGUUAUUGUGUUCCUUAUACAACAAAAACCACGUUUAUGUUUUCCCUUUGUUUAUAGGAGUUGUACUCCCUUUAACUCCCCUUUGUUUAGGAAUUGGUCUUUGUGAUUCCAAAAUAAAAACCGUGUAAUGAAAAACCAGAAAUAAUUUUAUCUAUCUUUU